AUGGCCAGGCUAUUUGAUCCUAAGUGGGCAGUCUCCACAAUUGCAGAGAGUCGAGACCUCAUCGAGCGCACGUGCUACAAGGAGAUUAUUGAAGACCUCCCUGAGCCUGCCCCUCUUCUGAAACUGUACGAGUUCCCUAAUGACAAGUACUACAAUGAAGGCGAGAGUGACCAUAUGUUCUGUGCAAUAACUGAGACCUUUGGUUAUCACUCGUCCAUGAAGGCCACACCAACAGCUCAGGAGCGCCCGGCAGCGCAAGAGAAGACGAUGAGGGUGUACCUCAAGAUUAAUUACCUCAAGGCGUACGUUCUUAUUGACACCGGCAGCACGAUCAACACUCCUUUCCCGUUGUCAAACCCUAUCACCCUACAACUGGGUUGUUCAGGUUCACAGUCGAAGGUUAACUACGGCGUGUGGCUGCCCAUAUCUAUUGAUCCCACCGUGCACAACUUUUACUUCAACGUUGCGUCUCUAGAUCACUAUGAUCUGAUUAUAGGGAUCCAAAUCAUGCAGGACAUUGGGAUAGUCCUGAACUUUUGCGACUACAUCAUUUGCAUAGGCCCCACCACCCUACAUGUGCUUGAAAGAGAAGGAGAUGGGCCUACCAAAUGA